GUUUUCCUUUUUCGUUGUGAUCCAUCAUCUUUUACUUUUAUCCGAGAAUAAAGCGGAUGCCAAAUAAUUUUCAUGCGCCUACAUCUCUCUAGAAGAAGCUUUCGUCCAGCCUACAAGUACAUGUACUUCUAGAAAUAAGCCUAGAAAUAAUCACAUCAAGAUACUAGGACCGCUUUAGCAACAGUAUGUGACAUGCAUAUCAAAAUAAAAACCAUCGGAGAACUUCGCAAAAGAACCACGGCAUGACAACGACUCCAGCUGGCGCAGCGGCCACAUCAAAGCCAGUGGCCGCGGCGGAUUCUCGUGCUGCUGCGGGCACAACAGCUGUCGGAGCGGCCGGAGUUGCAAAUAAAGCAGCGUCCUCUCCGACGGCACCCGUAGUACAACCUGGUCAGCAAGCCGCCGUCCGAGUGGGCACCUCCGCGGCGACUUCUUCAUCCAGCAAUGGGGCUGCAGCCGGGACUAGUUCUUCAACCGGAGCUGCAGCACAAGCGGCAAAUAACAGCAACGGAAAUUAUCCGACGAAUUCUAGCACAACGACAAUGCAGCAGUCAGCAGCACCAGCAGCUCCCCGCCCGGGCGCAGUCUACCUGAACGCAACAAGCAACACGAAGUCCCCGGAUUGCUUCGUCGCGGAAUCGGCAAAUAUGAUGAAGGUUUUAGACGAAGAUUAUCCGGUGGAGUCGGAGCAGGGCAUGCGGGUGCGGGCGGACAUCCAGCGAAACAUCGAAAAGCGGUUAAAUGACUGGCUGUUUCGGAUCUCGCCCAAGGACGGGGUGGAGCGGAAAGGUAUACUAUAGGGUGUGCUGUUCUUGUGUUGAGUGUAGAUGGUAGUAGGACUUGCUUAUUUAUUUCUACUGGUGAAGUGCUUUUUGGUUUUUUUUGUGCAUGACCAAUGUCGUUGAAGGGACUACACCAGAACGCAUCAGAAACUUUCGAUGAAAAAUUUAUCCGUAGAAUCAGAAGUACAGUACUGAAUAUGGUCUCAGGAUCAUGAGCGUCGACCGUAUUUUUGUUUUUUACAACUAACUCCUACUCCACGUCGACCAAAUUACUAAAAUUAUCAGGCAAAGUGUGCACCAUCGGGUCUUCCAUGCUUGGUGUAAUUAACCACUCCUCCGACAUCGACCUGGUGUGUGUGGUCCCCCAACUCCCAAAUUUCGGCUGGACGGAGCAGGGCGGCAACCGGUUGCGGGACUACUUCCUCUCCAACUUCGGCGACCUACUGUCCAAUCUGCCCGAAGUCCGAGAUUUUUACCGGAUCGAUACCGCCGCGAACCCGACGUUAUCGCUGAGAUGGAACAACGUUGACGUGGACAUUUUGUUCUGCGACUUGGCGUAUGCACCGCAAAAGUAUCGUACUAGUAUAAAAUUGCAUGACAAAUUUUUCCAAGGAACAAAAAUGCAAUUUGUCAUGCUAUUUCAGGUAGAAAGUUGGACUUGUCAUGCAUAUCUGCAAUUAGUACGAGCGCGGUACUUUUGCACAGGAUAUGGCGGUGACCAGUGUCGACACGAAAAUUUCCGCGUUGCUCCAGUCCCCGGACAACAUCGACAGCGACGACUUGUUAUGCAUUGCAAAUAUGUCUGGGUCUGAAAACUUGUGAUGCUGAACUGUGGAUGACUGAAAUAUUUGCCAAUGCAGCCAAGCAUGACAAGUUUGCAGAACGCUCUCUCAUGCUCAUUCCGCAUGAGAAACUGCGCUUUUGUAUGACCAAAGAGGGCGUCUUUUUUGUUAGUCAUGCAAUACAGAUUUUACAGGAGUGUAGGACUAGCAUCACAAGUUGCAUUCUUCCAGACCCAGACAUCUUUGCAAUGCAUACUUGUUAAUUGAUCUCGACGCCCCCGCGCAGCGGGCGCUAAACGGGAUCCGGGUGACGAAUUUUUUGCAAAAGUACGUGACCACGACGAGUUAUGGAUCUGUCAGGAUUGAAAUCGUCAAAGUUGAAAUGAUUUGCCAUGCAGAAAAUGCAAGGCAUGAAGUGCCUGUCUUGCCGGGAUGGCAAGUGAGGCAGAUUGUAAGCCUAUUUAGGGUUUGGGAUAGAGCUGCUAAAAGAGCACGACAAAAGCAGUCUUCUGUGCCCAAACAGCAUGACAAAUUGGAUUUUGGUGCUCCGAAAAUUUGUCAUGCGCCGCUUGGAAAUUGGGCUUCCAACUGGUAUCCAUUUUAUGCAUGACAAAUCAUUUCAACUUUGACGAUUUCAAACCUGACGCUUCCAUACGAGUCCGUAUGAGAAAAAAAAUGUCGUGCCGGACUACGAGACGAAGAUUCACAACCUGAAAAAGUUCCGAAACGUGCUUCGGUUCAUCAAGUGCUGGGCCAAGCGGCGGGGAAUUUAUUCCAACAUUUGUGGCUACUUCGGCGGGAUCACGUGGGCGAUCUUGGUGGUAUCAAAUGCAAAAAUGUCUGGGUCUGGAGGAGUGCUAGUUUGUCAUGCUUGUCUGGCAUGACUCGAGAAUCUGUGUUGCAGAGGCACGAAAAGGCCCUCUUACCUGUCAUGCAAAAACGCUGUUUGCCAUGCGGAAUACGCAACACAUGGCAGCCAAAAAAUUUGUCAUGCAUAGCUGCGUUUUGCAGUGCGUCUAUCAUUCACUUUCAGCAUUACAAGUUUCCAGACCCAGACAUUUUUGCAGUUGAUAGGUGGCUUUUGUGUGCAAGAAGUACCAAAAAUUGACGGAAGCGCAUUUGGUUUUCAAGUUUUUCGAAUUGUAUUCGAAUUGGGACUGGGACAAAAAGCCACUGAUCCUGCGCGCGAUCCCGAUGCAGCCGGUGGUGUCCGAUAUGAGCUACCUGCACCGGAUCAGCAAAAAGCACUCCUUUGACCAGGGUAAUUUCCAGCACAUGGCGGUCGUGACGCCGGCAUUUCCCUGCAUGAUAUCAAAUGUAAAAAUGUCUGGGUCUGGAAGAUUGUAGACUUGUCAUGCAGAUUGUCCAUGACCCAUGAGGUCUGGAAUGCGGGGCUUAGCAUGACCGACUCUGCGAGGUCUCUGCCAUGCCUAUUCUGCAUGAGAAACUCCCUUCCAACUUGAUCAAUAGUGGACAGCUUUUGGCAUUCAUGCAACACAGAUUUUUGCAUGCUUCAGAUUUACCAUGACAAGUUACAAUUUUCCAGACCCAGACAUUUUUGCAAUCCAUACAUGAACACCUGUUACAACGUGAUAUCACACAGAAAAAAGCAGGCAGGUCAUAUGUCUUGUAAACGCAAAAACAAAUACACAGAAAACCUGUAUUGCGUAUCCUAAACAGCAUGCUUAUAUGGGGCCGCCCAUGUUGACAAGUUCAAGUUAUGUAUUUUUGCAUUACAUCAACCAAUAUGCCCUGCCAGCUUUUUUCUCUGGGAUACGUGACCGAGUCCACAAAGGAGAUUUUGAUCAAACAACUCACCCGGAGCUUCACCCAGUGUAAAGUGAUUGAAGAGAUGCUUUUGAAGCCGAAGGAGUUCUCCGAGUUCUCGGAGGAGGAAAGAAAAACGAAAACUCUCCCCUCCUUAUGGCGCGAGAUGUACCAGCCAGUGCCUUUUUUUCUAGACUACAGCUACUACUUACGGAUCGAGGUGCGACACGACAUCAACAAGCAGCGGUUUCUGAAGCUGCGCGGGUUUACGGAGGCGAAUUAUCCCACGAAAAAACUGUUUCACUGUGGUGAUUUUGCAAGAUCUGCAUCUUCACAGCUUUUUAUACACAUGACACAGAAAAUUUGCCAUGCGCGCUUCCCAAGGGAAAACACGCGUGAAAAUCCAAUGUCUUGCAGGUGCAGCAAGACAAACAUUUUGGUGUUUCGUUUUCUGCGUCACAAGUUCACAGUGAAACAGUUUUUUCUUGCGAUACGAAUUUGAGGAAGUUGAUUGCGGAGUUUGAUGCCUUCCGGUAUCAAAUGCAAAAAUGUCUGGGUCUGGAAGGAUGCAACUUGUGAUGCUAACUUUGGACUCUAAAAAAAUCUGUAUUGCAUGACCAGCAAGAAGAGUCUAGUUUGUGCUACGCGGGGAGGGCAUUUGUCAUGCGGAGUAGGCACCAGGAAGCCCUCUAAGAAUCUGUGAUGCUAGGCCGUGCAUUACAGACGUCCUGGGUCAAGCAAAAUAUGCAUGACAAACCCGGCAACAUUCCAGACCCACACACUUUUGCAUUUGAUAUCCGGGAGCAAAAGAACAAGUUUAUUUUCGAAACUGCGCUCUACCCCUACGAGUUCCAGCAGGACUGCGAAAACUGGCAGAAUUCCACGGGCACUCUAGAACGGAAGAAGGCGAAAUACGGCACCAGUUGGUAUUUCGGAAUGAACUGUCACGUCAACAAUCGGGCAGCAGCUUCUGGUGGAGGUGCAGCUUCUGGCGGGGACAUGAUGAUGAAAACAUCAAGUCAGUCGAUGAACAAAAACAACACAACGAUCGACAAGUUUCAGUCCGCAAUUUCUACUUCGGAACCAAUAAACAAGCCGCAUAAAAGUAGAAACCAGUAUUUGGAUCUGCGGCAGACACUGUACAACUGGAUCGACCUGGUUGCGCCGGCCUUUGACAAGGAUGGGUAUGCGGAGUUGGGUAUCAACUGUAAAAAUGUCUGGGUCUGGAAGAAUGCAUGUUUGUCAUGCUUGUCUGGCAUGACUCUUUAAUCUGUCAUGCACGUUGCCCAAGAGCUCAGCUUUUCUGUGAUGCAGAAAGGUAGUUUGUCAUGCAGAAUAGACAACACCUAGAAGCUCAGAAACUUGUCAUGCUGAGCCAGCAUUUGUGGCCUCAUCAUGAGACGCCAUCCAGCAUCACAAAUUUCCAGACCCAGACAUUUUUACAUUUGAUAUUGGGGUUUGACGUGUUUCCGAUGGAGAAAAUCCCGCUAAAGAAGUAUGAAUUGCAAAAGUAUCGUACUCGUAUAAAUGCAUUACAAAUUUCUGCAGCAUGAAAAAUAAAACGUGUAAUGCUUAUUCACCUUAAAAAAAAGACUUGUAAUGCAUGACUGCAAUACGAGUGCGAUACUUUUGCACAGGAUAAGAAGGACCGGCCGGACAUUCUGAAAUCAAACUCCAGUACCACUCUGGUACACAUGUUUGGCAACAAUAAUCAGGUUCUCGUAGGCGCUGCUGCGGGGAACAACGUGAACGGAACUUCUGGGAAUAAUAAUUCGACCACCAUCACAAGGAAGUUGGCUGGUGCGACUACGGCUUUAAAGAAUGCGUUGACAAAUAAUGCAGGGGUGGCGGCCGCGCCACCAGCAAAUAAUAAUAAAGCCGGUGUAGUGCCAGCGGCGGGUUUUCCGAAGCAGGUCAACACGGGGGAAACAAGUACAACUGCGAAUAAAACGAAUAUUGUUCCCAUUGCGCCCAGUGCUGAUAUGACCACGACAGGCCCUGCGGCUGGUUCUUCUUCUAACACGACGACUACCAGUGCAACGAACAAAACGCCGAAGAACAACGGUGCUCCCGCGAAGAUCUUUGUAGAGUCAACGGUUAAAGAUAAAGAUGUUGUGGAAAUGAAUAACGGCGCAGCACUGGCGGUAAAAAAAGCGGUACAACUAGAAGCUACACCAGCCGAGAAUCUUCGUAGCGCCCCACGAGGAGGACCUGCAGCGCCCACGGCAAGAACUGUGACGAAUGGAACAAAGAGCGUCGAGGAACUACAAAUAGAAGUACCGGGCGUAGUACCUCCACCUUCCUCCACAGUUGUUGGUACCUCCAUGACCGCCAGCACAACCGCAACACAGACAGCGGUACCUACUAAAUCAGGGGGAGCGCCGCCUGGGGGAGCGAGUACGGAGAAAAUGAAUGAUGAAGCAGGUGGAGAAAAACAAAAAGCAGGAGCAGCUUGUUCGGCUGAGGUGGUCGUAGAAGUUGAUGUUGUCCCGAAAGUUGUAGAGGCUCCUGCGGAGGAGAAUAAGGGAAUAAAGCAGGAUCAACAUGUCGAUGUUGUGGGCAACAUGGGUACGAUUAGCACCUCCACUGCUGACGUGCAAGAUGAACAGGUUGUUUCCGCUGAUGGCACAACAACAACAUCUUCAACGGCUCCUGUAACGAAAAUAAGCCAAACUUCAUUGAAACGGUCCAAGCCUACUUCCUCAGAUGCAGCAGAUAGCAGUCCUGGUGGGGGUUCUGGUAAGAAGGAGCCUGCGGCAAAAAGACCCUCGGAAGCGAAAGAGUUCGUGGAAAAAAAAGUAGAAGUUUUGAAAAUGCCGGAGACGCAGUAGUAGUUCGAAAGAAAGCGGAGCAGUUGUAUACACUUUUUGACUAAUUAUACCCUCGAUGCAGUUUUUUAAUCAUUACCCACGAUCGAUGCGGUUCAUUCACAAGCCUCCAUGAUUGAAGCGACACCUUGAUUUGAUUGAUUGAAGAGAACUCAGAAUGUGACGAAGAUACGCAUUCUGACACGAAUGAAUCUAUCAGACCAGCAGCAGAGCGCGACCGUUUAUUCGCGCAGCAGCUUUCAGAAAAGG